AUGAAAGGUUAUUUAGCCCAAUAUGAUAUCUUUACACAGAUACCAGAAUUAGUAAAUGAUAUUUAUAUACCAGAUUAUUGUUAUGUUACUGGGGGUGAUGAACCAAUCAAUAAUAGUGAUAAUGAUAAUCAUCAUCAUCAUCAUAUGGAUACCAUAGAAACAAAUAUAUGGUUUGGUCCAAAAAAUACUAUAUCACCAUUACAUCAUGAUAAUGAUCGUGCGAAUUUAUUAACACAAAUUCAUGGUUAUAAAUUAAUUAUAUUAUAUUCUAGCUUAGAAACAAAGAAUUUAUAUCCAUAUAAUGAUAAUCCAAUGUUAUGUAAUACAUCUAAAAUAGAUUUAGAUCAUUUGAAUAUUGAUUUAAUGAAUGAAUUUCCUAAAUUUCAAAAUGUUCAUGGUUAUUAUAGUAUACUUAAACCGGGUGAAAUGUUAUAUAUACCACCACGUUGUUGGCAUUAUGUUCGUUCAUUAACAGCAAGUUAUUCAGUGAAUUUUUGGUGGAAUAUUUCAUCAUCAUUAAUACCAUCAUGGGAAUAA